AUGGGGCUAUGGUAUGAUAUCACUCACUAUUGCUAUUCUGCACUAGUUCUUGUUUUGCACAUCGUUGCCUUGCACUGCACUGCACUUGUAGAUUGUCCUUAUCGCAUGAUCAAUCGCUUUGGUUUAGGAUACUCAGGAUAUGGAAUGGGACUGAAUAUGGAUCCAUAUAGUCUCGGAAUGAACCCAUAUAUGAAUGGUAUGAAUCCUAUGAUGAUGGGAGGAGGUAUGUGCAUGGAUAUGAGCGCCCAAUGUCCGGUUUGGGCUAGCACAGGUCAAUGUGCAACUAAUCCGAUGUAUAUGCAAAGAACGUGUGGUCGUUCUUGCGGAACUUGCUUAGGUAUGGGAAUGGGUUUGGGAAUGGGCUAUGGCCUCGGUGGAUUAGGUGGAUAUGGUCUUGGAAUGGGAGGCAUCAAUCCCUACGGAUUAGGUAGAAGCAUAUAUGAGACUGGAAUUCUCCGAUCUCAACCAAAGCCAGCAAUUUUGGCAAACGAAGAUGUCAAACAAAUCAAAUUUAAUAAUGAAGCUUUAACUAUUCCUAGACAAAAACUGCUCUAG